CUAUCACGUGAUCGUUGCAAUAUGGCGUCGUCAUAUCAUAAUCAUAGCUCAUUAAAUUUCUCAUUUUUUUUUUUUUUUUUUUUUUUUUUUUUUUUUUUAAUGAAAAAUAGAAAAAAGAAUCACAAAAAAAAGAAAGAAAGAAAAAAUAUGGGGAAAAAAGUGAGAAAAGAAAGAAAGAAUGAAAGAAAAACGUUAAUAAUCAACAAUAAGUCGUCUCAUCGAAAAUUCAAAUGAAUGAAAUCGAUAUGCCCGAGUUAAACAGAUCCUUUCGUUGUAAACAAGAUACAUACGUACUACUUAUGUACAUACGUAUCCAUGUAUGCAUAUAUCCAUGCAUGCAUGCAUGCAUGCAUGCAUGCACGCAUCCAUCCAUCCAUCCAUCCAUCCAUCUAUGCAAUUAUUCGAAUGAAUAACAAGGAUAAAAAUUGCGGAAUCGAAGUGACAUUGAUUAUAAUGUACUUACUUUAUGAGACUUCCAUGGAAUCCAAGUGAUUCAUUCCUUAUCGUUUCCUCGGUUUCUGAAAUGAGAUAGCACCGUGUUAGUAUGCACAUAUAAAAAAUAACUCGCGCUCAUAUACAUACAUACAUACAUACAUACAUACAUACAUAUAUAUAUAACCUUGAAAUAUAAUUUCAUCCUAAAAUCAACUAACCUUAGGAGAAAAAGAAGAAGGAAGAAAAGGGAUGGCACGAUAUCUAACCUCGAAACACUUUCACAUGAAUGAUUGACAAAGAGAAAGAGUUAUCUAAGCAAAUUAUAAACACGUUCGAUUACACUCGUAAAAUGACUGAUGAUGACUUUACGAUAAAAGAGAGACAGGGAGAGAGACAGAGAGAGAGAGAGAGAGAGAAAGAGAGAGAGAGAAAGAGAGAGACAAGAUUAAUUAUAUUAUUACAACGAAUAAAACUCUUCGCAAUGGCGGGAACCAAUGAAAUUUACACCUUCAACUGAUCGAACUAACAUCUCUCGACGACGACGAUGUUCGAUCAAAGAAAUCUCUCCCUUAUUUAUUAGCCCGUUGCACCAUGGAUAAACUUCUCCUUCUUUCAAAUAUAUACGACACGACACGAUGUCUAUGUUUAGUAACACUCUUGCAUUACAAUAGAACACCUUUUUGGCUCUUUGCCAAGACGAAACAUCAAUUUCAACCGUCCAAUUUGAAACGCUUACGAGGUAUUGUUUAACGAGAACUGGGCCAAUGAAAAACGUCUAUUUGUUCCGCGAUACGAAAAUACGCGGGAUUUCGUGCGUUUUGUCGCGGCAAUCUGUAACAUUCGAAGAAGAAGAAGAAAAAGAUGAAGAAGAAGAAGAAGAAGAAGAAGAAGAUUAAGAUGAAGAAGAAGAAGAAAAUGAUGACGAUGAUGAAAAAGAGAAAAAGAAGAAAAAAAAAGGAAGAAGAAGAAGAAGAAGAAAGAUGAGAAGGAUUCAAGUAGCACAGCAGCAGCAGCAGUAGCAGCAGCACCACAAGUAGCAGCAACAGCAGCAGCAGCAGCAGCAGCAAUAGUAACAGUGUAGUAGUAAUGUAUCGGUAGGCUGGCUUAAGCCGCGAUGCGGCGCUAACCUCGUUAAAAUUCGCGAACACUCGUUAACGCCGAACGUAGACCUAAGAGAGGCGAUAAGUUAUUGAUUCGUCGUAACCGGUCGAACAAGUCGAAGAUUCGACCAAUGAGCCACAAGACGUGACUCGAAACGUGCCACGCGCCUUCUUUCUUUCUUUCUUUCUUUCUUUCUUUCUUUCUUUUUUCUUUCUUUCCUUCUCUCUCUCUCUCUCUCUCCCUCUCUCUUUCUCUUUCUCUCACGCUCGCCUUUCUUUCUUUCUCCCUCACUCUCUCUUUUUAUCUCUAUACACGCGCCAAGAAACUCGAGCGAAGACGCCCGAAGACGAUUAAGGUUAGCAACAUCGGCAGAAACUCGUUGUAGCACGGACGAUCGCGACACAAAUAACAUUACGAAAACGAUCGGAUCGUUAUCCAUUCGUAAAUAAUAGAUCAUCGUUCGACGACCUCUCUUUCUCUCUCUCUCUCUCUCUCUCCCUCCUUCUCUCUCUCUCUCUCUAUCUCUCUCUCUUUCUCUCUCUCUCUCUCUCUCUCUCUCUCUCUCUCUCGUUGAGAAUGCGCGGCAAACGCACGAGCUCUCUUCAAGGUUAAUCGUCGAUCGAAAAACGAUCGCACGCUACUUAGCCGGACCAACGCACACGUGCCUAACGCGUUCGAUAUUAAUAUUGACUUCGUAUUACCAUCUAAGUUAAAUUACAUAUAUUCUAACGAUCUUACCAGGUUCGACGACACCUAUUAUCCUUCCGAAUGUUCCACGAGCCGAAAUGUAACACUUUAAAAAGCGGGAAACUAUCUGAUCACAAUUUAUAGUCGUCUUAGCACGUGCUGUCACUACAGGUGCACGGUUGCGCUCCGCGGCCAUCUUGCGGCCGAUUACGAAAACGAACAACGGCGAGCGCCCGUCUAUAUUUACGUCGAGUUUCCAUAUCAACCAGUCAAACAUGCAAGAUUCCAAUAUGUUUUAUUGCGAAGAGAGAUCAUCGUUACGUACCCGCACAAUUUCUUUUUUCGAAAUUUUUCUAUAAGACACAUUUGCAAUAUUUAAAAAAUAUUAUUUUAUUCCGCGUUUUAUAUAUAUAUAUAUACAUACACAUACAUAUAUUAUCAAUUGUUUAUUAAAAAUGGUUCGAAGAAAAGUAAUUCAACCGGAUAUGCAUUCAAUAUAUCACUUGAAGCCUGGACAAACGUUAGAAAAUACUAAAAUAUCCGAGAGGAAACUGGCAUUGAUAGCCUCUGAAAGCGCUUUUCAACGCUUCGUUGAUUACGUUAAUCAGCCGCAAAGAUUGGCUGAAGAAAGGGAAGUAGCAGCAGCGAAAUUGAAUGCUAUUAAGAAGGCAACUUAUGAAAUGUCCAAGACAUGGGACAAUACUAUAGAGAAUAUUAAAAAGAGAAGAAAAGAAGAACUAUUGUCGAAAAGUCGAAAAGCUGAAGAAGAAAGAAUACAGUUUGUUAAAGAUAUGUCAAUAAAAAAUGAAGCUGAACGUGCAGAAGUAGUACGACAAGCACGACUGUUACUUCUAUACAAACAACCACAGUGCAGACGGAUCAAUGGAGCAUUGCUCGCAUCGGAGUGUCUCAGAGAAUUAAACGCUCAAGUUGACUUUCGAAAAACUAUUAAAGAAUUAGAUGAUCAAAGAGAGGCCGAAUACGUAGAGUCAAUUAAAAAAGAUGUUGCAAAGUAUGAGCAAGAGGAAAAGGAAAAAGCGAAAGAACGUACGAUGCAAAUGGAAAUUUAUAUUAAGAAAUUAAAAGAACAAAUCGAAGAAAAUGCUAAGAACAAAGAGAUACAAGAAAAUGAAGAAUUAAAGGAAGAAAUAAAAGAUCAACGAAAUAUGAAUAGAGAUCUUCAACUUAUAAAAGAAUGUCAAGCUGAAGAAGAAUUGAAAAGAAAGAAAGAAAUGCAAAAAGUUUUAUUAAAUUCGAUCGAUGAGAAGAAACGUGCCGAGGUUGAAAAUAAACGUGAAGAGAACUUACAAGAUUUAGCGAUUGAUGUAUACAAUAGAUCUAGAUCUCGAAUAAAAAAGAUGAUGAAAGAAAUAGCAAAAAAUCAAAAGCAAUCCCGAGAAGAGAGGGCAAAUCGUAUAGGUGAAAAAUUUGCAUCUCUCAUCGGUCGUCAUAACGUCGAGAAAGAAAAAGAGAAUUUCGAAAGGGCGGUCAAUGAAAUAGAAAAAAACGAAUUGGAAAGACAAAAAGAACGAAAGAAUCAUAAAGCCGCGAUAAGAGCUAUUAUAAUCGAAGACAAACGUCAAGCUGAAGCUGCGAAAAUAAAAGAAAUGAAAGAAGAAAAAGAGAUUCGAACGUGGGAAACAUUGCAGAGAUUUAAAAGAGACGAAUACAAUAAACAAGUAGAAUUAGAAGAUCUAAUGGAGAAAAGAAAGAAAAAAAUUAAUUAUGCUCGGGAUCUACAAAAACAUAUCGAAUUGCAAAGAGAGGAACGUAAACACGAGAAACAACUAGACGAUGAUUUCAAUGAAAUGAAAGCGGCUGUAGAACAAGUCAACAAAAGAGUAUUGUCUUACAAUCAACAAGUUUUAAAUGAAUCUAAAGGAGUGAGACCGCUUUAUCCCAUUUUGAAAGCGAUCAAGGAAUGUAAUGAAGAAAUGGGUUUGAUAAAACCAAGAAAAAAGAUUGAACCCAUUUCACCGAAACAAGUGAAACAACAACGUAGAUAUGGAAUUCGUCGUGGUUGUACAAAAGUUGUUCCAGAAAAUCAAAUUCAUUAUAUAUAUGACUUAUAAAUAUUCACGAUUAAAUUAAAUUGAAAUCGUUUCUUAACGAUAUAACACGAAGUACGAUAAAUUAAUUCGUUCGCGUGAUAAUAUACAUAAAUGCAACGUGUUUUAUAAUUAAAAAUUCAAGUAAAAAUACGAAUAUAUAAUGCUUGUAAUUGAUCAACUAAUAGCAUAGUAAUUAUUGCCGUAGGACAAGCCUUUGUAUAGUAAGCUAAAAAUCCUCGCCACAAUGAUAAAAAGCCAUUUCGAUUACUGGUUUGCUUCAUUAUUUUGAUCAUGCCUGGGGGCUUCAUUGGUCCCACCCAAUUUUGUAUUCUAUUAAAAAUAAACAUAAGAAUAUGAUACUAUAAGAUAAUCUCUGUAUAUAUAUAUACAUAUAUAUAUAUAUAUAUAUAUAUAUAUAUAUAUUUUCUUGCUAAUAUUUAUUCUUAUUACAAACUUUGUUUUCGCUAAGUCUAACGGUAAAGAUGUAAGAGUCGCAACAAAACCGGAAAGAAUAGCUGCUAGAAAUUGCGUCCAUGAAUUAUCUACGAAAUAACCUGUAAAAGAAUUCAUAAUAAAACAAGAUUCGAGAAAUACUGAAUGAGAGAUAAGAGAGAAAGAGAGAGAGAGAGAGAGAAAAAGAGAGAGAUGCAUGUUUUAUCUACCAGUGUCUAUUAACGCGUAUUUCAAUCGACUAUAUGUGCCCAAUUGUACACCACUGACAAUAGCUGCUCUUCCAAUAGAAGGUGCAGUACCUCUCCAUAAUGUUGUAAUUCCUUCCUUUUGGCAUAUAUCAACAAGAGCACUUAUGACAUUUUUAUAAUUUCUUCGUUUUUCUAUAUAAACGUAGAAACAGUUUUGUUUCUUAAACCUUGUGAAUUAUGUAAAAUUUUAAUCGAUGCUUACCUGGUGAUAAUUUAAUAUCGCCUACCAUUCGUACAAGUACAACGUCAGCAGGUGUCCCAACAAAAGCACCAACGACGCCAGAGAACAUUCCAAUGCUAAUCAUACCAGCAUAAUCAGGACGUCCAAAAUGAUUUCUAAAAAUAAUUUUGU